AUGUUUACUCCGUUUUCAAAAUUAUAAGCCAUAAUAAUUUAAAUAAAAUUUAUAGUUGAAACUUAUAACUCUUGCUAAAGAGAAAAUUUAUAAUAAAUAAAGCUUUUAAUAUAAUCUCAUCACUUACUCACUCACUCAAUUACUCACUUCUUCACAAAAUUAACUCAAAAUAAAAUUUAAUAUUGUUUUUUCAAAUAUAAAUAGAAUUAAUUCCAAUUUAUUAACAAAUAAACUCAACCAACACUAAUUACAUAAAUAAAUAAACUAAAAACUAUCAAUUAAGACUUAAUCACUCACUAGUUUAUAUUACACUUCACUAUAGAUCAUCAAAUUACUUAUAUUAGCUAGAUUAUAAUUCAGUUAGAUAUGCUUAAAAAAUUAAUUAAGAUAAUUAUCAAAAUACUUCUUCAAAAAGCAAACAAAUUUAAUAGAUAAAUUGCAUUUUUGCUUAAAAUAUUAUUUUAAAAUUUAGUUUGUUUUAAAUAAUAAAAUAAAUUGAAAGACAUAAUUAACUGCAAAAAUAUUAAACCAAAAAAAUUGUUUGCUGAAUAAUAUAAAAUUCGGCAUUAUUUUUCUGUAGCUAUUUAACUAUAUAUCAAUUAAUCAAUAAAAAAAGCUACUAGAAGAAUUAGAAGUAUUAGAUUGUAGUAAUUCAAUGUUUCUUUUAAGUAUCUCCAAAUUUAUUUCCAAUAAAUAAAUAAACACAUAACUGACUAGCUAAAAAUAAAUAAAAUAAUAACUAACAAACAAACAAACUAAAAAUUAGCAAGUAGAUAUGAAAAAAUAGUAGUUAUUAUCUAUCCAUAAUUUCUUCUUUGUAUUUAUAGUAUACAACUUCUUAUUCUAUACGUUAUAAAUCAUAUAAAUAAAGUGUUAAAUUAUUAAUCUAAACCUAAUUACCUACCUAAAAUGUUAGUCUGUAUCUUACUUACUAACAGAAUAACUAAAUAAAUAAAUAACUAACUAACAAACUAAAUUAAAUUAAUUAAUACAUCUUUAUUUACUAAUUGA